UGCUGUCUCUAUGCAAGAUUUGUUUGGACAACGAAUGAAUCGGAAAUUCCACAGAGACCGGAACAGUCAAAGUAUGGUGACUGCAGUAUUACUCCGAUCAAACUGGACUACAGCGACUCAGAACCAGGGAAGUGGUUUGAAACAGGCUUGUGAUAGUUAAAGGAGAAGGAAACGGGGGGAACAGGUUCACAGUUGCAACGUUGCAGUGUUGCUAAUAAGCUAGCAGCGGAGUUCUCCAACCGGCUUCAUUAGCUGGGCUAGCUUGCUAGCAGGCUAAUGUAGCUGCGGUUCACUUAAGGAAAUGCAGCGGGAGCUUGUCUGGCUUGUCUUUAAUGUUAUUGACUUCUUUAUUUUAUCACUGAUUAGUAUUUAAUAUUUCCAUAGCAGAGGGAGUUUGUCGUGGAGGACCGAAGAAGACGGGGUAGUGAGGUUGGGUUGCUCUUAUAGUUAUGAGCAGUUUUAAUAUUCGAGCUAAAACCUCCACAUUAAAAUCUUUCCUGGGCUCUGAAAGUAAAGGGUCAGCGCUGAGCGUCGACACCAGGAACAACAACAAGGAGUGGGAUAUCGGUAGUGAUGUGUUUUCGUGCUGUUAUGAGAUGAGUCCAAUGGACGACACGAUGCAGGCAGGGAUGUCCUCCGUGCAGUCGGGACUGGACGGACACCUGCCUCUUCUUCACGCCAGACAUCACAGCACCCAGGACGGGCUGCUGUUGGACCUGGGCUCCCCGGCAGCCUACCUCGACAGCAGCUCACUGGAGUACAGCGACAGCGAUGGGAACAACGCGGGUCCGUUAUUCGAGAGGAGGAAGAGGUCGCGGUCCAACAGCUCCAGACAUCGCUUCAACGAGGUGGUCACGGAGCUCGGUCCGGAGGAGGUCCGGUGGUUUUACAAAGAGGACAAGAAGACUUGGAAACAUUUUGUUGGCCAUGACUCGCUUAAAAUUGAACGUAUGUUUCGGAAAUACUGUGAGCUGAACCCUGGUGCAGCAGGCUCCCAGGUCAGCCCUGGGGAGGAAGAGUGCGGUAAUAACGGAGUGGAGAGUAGGGGACUUAACGGUGCAGUGCCGGUGGAGACGAGGACCAGCUGUGUGCACGGAGGACGGGGGUCUGUGGACACGUCCACCGUGUCCUCAGAGGAGAGGGACCUUGACACUAUUGCCAUCAACGUUGAGCCUGUAUGUGUCCGAGGAGGGCUGUAUGAAGUGGACAUUAUAGAGAGAGAAUGCAAACCUGUCUACUGGAAGCAACAAGACCACAUUCCAGUCAUGAGAGGCCAGUGGUUCAUCGACGGUACUUGGCUCCCGCUGGAGGAGGAGGAAAGCGACCUCAUCGAGCAGGAGCACCUUAAUCAUUUCCGUGGGCAACAAAUGCAGGAUACCUUCGAGACGGAGAUGGUGGUCAAGACCGUCGACAGCAAAGAUGCCAUCCACAGUCUGAAGCUGAGUCGGACCCACGUGGAUUGGCACAGCGUGGAUGAGGUGUACCUCUACAGCGACGCCACCACAUCCAAAAUCGCACGCACAGUCACACAGAAACUGGGAUUCUCCAAAGCCUCCAGCAGUGGAACAAGGCUCCAUCGGGGUUAUGUUGAGGAGGCCUCCCCUGAGGACAGACCCCCUCAGACUACACACAUUGUCUUUGUGGUUCAUGGGAUUGGACAGAAGAUGGACCAAGGACGCAUUAUCAAAAACACUGGAAUGCUGAGGGACGGCGUGAGGAAGAUGGAGGAAAAGCACUUUCCAGAGCACAAUGACGAGCAUGUGGAGUUCCUGCCCGUCGAAUGGCGUUCCAAACUUGCACUGGAUGGAGAUACAGUAGACUCAAUAACACCAGAUAAAGUGAGAGGAUUGAGAGAUCUUCUUAACAGCAGUGCCAUGGACAUCAUGUACUACAACAGCCCCCUUUACCGGGAUGAGAUUACCAAGGGCCUAACACAGGAGCUAAACAGACUCUACUCACUUUUCUGCUCCCGGAACCCAGAGUUUGAGGAGCGAGGGGGCAAAGUGUCCAUCGUGUCCCACUCCCUCGGCUGCGUGAUCACCUAUGACAUCAUGACGGGAUGGGAUCCCGUGCGCUUCUGUCUGCAGGAGCAUCAUGCUGUGGAGGAGGAGCUCGACCUGCGCUGGAUGACUUAUGAGGAAAGGCACCUUCUAGAGCAGCUACGCCUCACAAGGCACAGGUUAAGAGAGCUGGAAAAUCAGCUUCAAACACUGGAGGACUCUAAACCAUCAGCACCACCAGCCCUCAAAUUUAAGGUGGAAAACUUCUUCUGCAUGGGUUCUCCUCUGGCCGUGUUCUUGGCCCUCAGGGGGAUCCGCCCCGGCACCAGCUGCCACCAGGACCACAUCCUGCCCACCUCCAUCUGCAGCCGACUCUUCAACGUCUUCCAUCCCACGGACCCUGUGGCCUACAGACUGGAGCCUCUUAUCCUCAAACAUUACAGCAAUAUUGCUCCUAUUCAAAUACACUGGUGCAGUGCCACUAACCCUACACCUUAUGAUGAGAUCCGGCCGACCUUCCUGAAUCCAGUCAAAGAACCUACAUCAGACACAGAGAGCAUCCCCAGCCCGAGCACAUCUCCUGUCCUCCCUCGGAGGCACUACGGAGAGUCCAUCACUAGCUUGGGCAAGGCCAGCAUACUGGGAGCGGCGAGCAUAGGCAAAGGCAUCGGAGGCAUCCUCUUCUCACGUUUCUCUCGCUCCAACAGCCAGCCCUCUGUGUCAUUAGGUCUUGAAGGAGUUUCAAACCCUGAGGAAGAGGAGCAGAAGCGAACAGAAAGCCAGUCGGCAUACGGUCUUUCCACUCUGACUCGGCCAACCUCGCCCACUGCUGACACAUCCUUGGAGCUGGAGUGGCGUGUCGACUUCGAGCUGCGAGAGGGUCUGGUGGAGAGUCGCUAUUGGUCAGCAGUGACGUCACACACGGGCUACUGGUGCUCACAUGACAUUGCUCUCUUCCUGUUGACCUUCAUAUACAAGCAGAAGACGAGUCCCUCCGACCCAGCAGAAGACGCCCCGGAUCCAGACUGAGGCAGCACAUUCAUUACUACACAAACACACUUGAAAGGUGUCUUAUGAUCCUUAAGGGGGCGGAGACAAGAGACAGAAAUAAACCUCUUUAAUUAACUUGCACACAAACUGCUCAAGUAAAGUCAUCAUCUCUAUUUUUCCUACAUCUCCCUGUGAUUCAGCUCCUCUUUAUCUUGGGAAUCAUUGCUGACAGACCUCAUUCCAAGACGUGCAUUUUUCUCUUUUUGUGCUUGUCAUUAGAUCGUAAUUGUGCACCCUAAGGGUGACAGUGUUGGACCAGGAACCCCUAAGGAGGUGCGCCCUUUUGCCAGUAUGACCGUGAGACAUAUGGACAUGGUAACUAAUGGGUUUGAAGCACCCGAAACAUAAAGGUUAUAAAUCAUUGACUUUAACAGUGAAAGCCUGUUGAUAAAGUUUCAUUGAGGUUAAUCACCGUUAAAUCAAGCCACCCUUCUGUAGACUCAGUCUGGAGCCUGCUGGCACUCGUCUAACCCUCUGUCACCAAGGCCUCCCUAUUCUGUGUCUGUGCUUUUAAAUCCUUAUUUUUCAAUGUUAGGGAGAAACAUAGUUUUCAAUAAAAUACUUCACAUCAACUGUUAAAUCACUACAUCUCAUAAAUGUGCUAACAAGCAACAGCAAUGCCUUUGAAAAUAGCCAAACUCAUACCGAGUCUGUCUGUUUAGUCGUUCCAGAUAAAUGUAGGGCAUUAUCCCUUUAAUAAUGUUUUGAAGUAUGAAGAAUGAAAAAAAAACAUUCAUUAUUAUUUUAUAUAUUUUUUUACAUUUAUAUCAUUUUAGCAUUGUUUGAUUUUUGAAAUACAUAUGCACACAGGAAAACACGAGCAGAGCUCUGCUUUUAUAUCCAUCGGUAUAAACUUAAAGCUUCUGUGAGGAUCUUUGUGUUGUGUUGGAUUUGGCGCCCCCCUGUGAACAAAGUAGGAUUAGUCUACUGCUGAUCUGGUUCUGUAAAUAUGUUGAAUGUAUGCUGAAUAAUUAUAAACUGGAGCCCUGCGCAGGACUCUUUUCUUAAUCCCGCUCCUGCAGCAUGUGCCAUCCUUUCUCGCCUGCAUCCGCAACAGGUGUGUCAAAUCCCACCCACGUCCCGCACGGAUUCUGACGAUACAUGUUAAAUAUUCAGAAUAACCGACAGUGCGUUUAGUUUAAGGCAAUACUGAUAUGUUCACUCAAGCACCACCCUGAUUAAAUUUCCUCUCGGGGUGAAAGAAACCCUAAGAAAACCACAUCUUUGUCCUGCAUGACAGUGCCACGGAUGGAUAAAAAAGAAUCUGCAAGUCUCAGACUGAUUUUACUCCUGGUUAUGGCUUAGUAAGAGCAAUGUCAAAGUACUAUUUCCUGACUUUAUUUACGUAUCAUUUAUUUUGAAGUCACUUAGAGGCGUAAAAACUGCAGCACACUUCCAUCGGCUCUCACAGCUAAUUUUUUUCUCUACUAAUGCUGGGCUAAAACCGUCCUCAUCAUUAGAUGCUUAAUGCAAUAAGGCCAAUUUGCAUGGAAAGUGGUGUUUUCCCCUAAAUAACUACAUAACAGCUCAGCAUCUCUGUGCGCCGGUACGUAUGUGCAGUGAUAGGCCAACAAUGCAAUAAGAGGAGCGUUAAAGCUGUGCCUUUUGACUUAUUUACACAGUUUUAGCACAUUUUUUUUUUGUAGAGCUUUAAUAAAGAACCCCCCCCCAUUAUGAUUUUUUCAUGGCACCAGUUUCAAACCAGUUUACCCAAGAAGUCUUCUGAGAGGUUUCAAGGAAAAUUGGAGUAACUGUGUGGUGUACAAAUCAAAACAGACACACAGACAUGCAGCCAUUUAUAGUAGUAGGUUCUUGGCAUGGAAAAUUAAACAAAAAAGGCUUUUUAUUGCCUCUUCCGGCACUGAAUCCCAUGGCCUCUCCCUGAUGGUGAUAGGGGCAUCAGAACCACCCAAAAUCUCCUCACAGGAGCUUUAAAUAAUUGUCUCGUUAGGUCAUAUUUCUGCAUUUUAACUGCAGUUUCUGUUAAAGCACUGGGGAUAAAAUGUCCACGCAAAACUAACAGUUAAGCUCCUAAUGGACCACAAGUGUGACACUUGAAAGCUCCAGACAUGUAUAUUUAUUUUCUUAAACUCAGUUUAUUUCUAAAAAUCUCUUGUAUGAUGUCAUUUAUAAGGCGAGAGAUUCCUCUGAAAUAAUUCAGUCAUUCAAACACAUUUCCGUGCUAUUUAGGAUGACGUACUGGGAGAAUUUAUCCCUGAGCUAUAUCUUUAUUUUAAUAUCCAGAAGAUAUCAUUCAAAAAUAUGUAUUUUGUCUUAAAAAAAGAAAAUAACAAAAUAAAUAUUUUUCCUAGAGAAAAGCUUUCAGGCUCUUGUGAAUAGAAACCCAGAUCUUCUAGUAGAGAACAGGGGACUCAAACUUGCGGCCAAAUAACAUUUAUGUCUCCUGCUUGUUAGCUGCUUGGCUUUAGCAUUGCUAAUGCUAAUUCAGACUAAAAUACGUGGAUGAUAGUAGCUUCAGUUUUACUUGGAGACAUUUGUGAAACAUUGCACAUGAGAAAAACUGGAUCUUAUUUGCCUUUUUGUGAACAACUGACACUUUCUCCCUCUGAGUAAUUUAUUCGUCAGCUUGUCUUUUUUAUUUUUGAAUUACAUUUAUGUUAAAAAGAAGGAUUUUCCAGUCACUGAGCAUGUCUCAUCGCUCACCGACACCACUUGCAAGUUAACUGAAAAUGUGGAAACGGCAAGUCAUGAUUUUAGUUUCCUAACUUGAGUGCCGCUUAUCAUGACUGUUGCCUUCUGUCACAGAGAAUGACUUCAGUAACGAUGAAUCCGAUGCCUGCCUGUCAGAUGUGGUUCAUUUGAAGACACACCCGGUAACAAGUAUGCAGAAGUUACCAAACGUAGUCCAGUUGCAUGGCGUCAUUUUAAACAGCUAAUGAAAGAAGAAGAAUUUGCAGAGAGUGCCAACAAACAUCUAACAAAUUGCUUUGUGUUCUUUAUUAAGUAGAAACCCACUUGUGAUUGUUUAUGGAUUGAGGACAUUAUAAUGGAUGAAGUAAUGGAAUAACCCUCAGAUCAAUGCUGGCGGGGUUGGUUACAUGAGACAAACUUGAUAAGUGUCAAAGUCUUUGUGUCCUGCUUGUUAUAAUGCUGUCAAAGCACUUAUUUUAAUUGUUCCAAACUAUCAAAGGGCUGCAAGAAAUUUGCAUUUUAUUUGUGUUUUAUGCACAGGCUUACCGACAAAAAUGAAAGCAAGGACAAUGAGAGGGAGAGGUUAUGUUUAUUUGAUGGAUUCAUGAAUUGCACAGAAAUUAUGAAGAAAAAGGCCCAUUUCCAUUUUGUUUAUAUAUUAUCCUGAAUAUUAGGGAUGCACGAUAUUAUCUGCAUGAUAUUGGUACUGACAAAUACGAAAAUUUCUGCUGAUAUUUUGGCUAUAAAAAUCUGGCUAUAUCAGCUGUAGAUACAUGUGCCAUACAAACGAAGUCAGGGGAGUUUUAGGCUGGACCAACAGAUCUACGUCAGCUGAAUUUUUUUUUUCAUCACCAUUCCUUACACUCUAAAGUGUGUUUUAAGGACUGAUUGUUCCCUCCUGGUGAGAAGUGAGUCUCUGCCUCAGGUGAAGGACUUCAAGUAUCUCGGGGUCUUAUUCACAAGUUAGGGUAAAAUGGAUCUUUAGAUUGACAGGUGGAUUGGUGGAGCGUCAGUCUGUGGUGGUGAAGAGGGAGCUGAGCCAAAUGGCAAAACUUUCAAUUUACCAGUUGAUCUUCCUCCCAAGCGUCAACUUCGGUCAUAAACUCUGGCUAAUGACCAAAAGAAUGAGAAUAUAAGGAUAAAGACAGGUGAUUUUCUCAGAAAGGUGUCUGGGCUCAGCCUUGGAGAUAGGGUGAGUAGUUUAGACGUUCAGGGGGCUAAGAGUAGAGCUGCUGCUCCUUCGCAUCAAAAGGAGCCAGUUGAGGUGGUUUAGGCAUCUGAUUAGGAUACACCUGGAGGUCUUCUGGACAUGUAGCGCUGUCUGGUCUUGGAGUGAGGUUGAGCUUAACCACAGACUUGGAUUUGUGCAAAGGGUGAUGGGUUCGUUGAGUAAGACAGUUCGUCGUUCCUGCUAUCUGAGCAUGCAGACACAAGUCAGAGUCCUUCGGUCCUUAGCCCUUCCAGCCUUCUUAUACUCUCAUGAGGCUUGGACGUUGAUUGAUCUCCUUUGUGACGGUUUUUAUCCUUGGCAACCGGGGCACUGCCACAGGAUAGGCAACCCAGGCAAUUGUCUAGGGCCUCGAGGUGGAAGAGGGGGUCUCCCAGAGACAGCUGACAUUGGUCAGUAUCGACAACAGCAUGGAAUCCCCUUUAAACACUGCAACAACCUCCAAGGUGCCCUCUGCCUGGGGCAGUGUGUCUAGAAACACCCAUCUGUGUGUCUACGCUGAUGUAAAGGGUCAGCUGCCUGUUACAGGAAUGGCAGCUGUGCUUUUCCAUGCACCUGGCACACUUUCCCUGGCCUGAUCCAGCUCACCACAUACUGGCUACCCAGGACCUGGUGGGCUGGUCCAGAUGCCCAAGUUGACUAUGUGCAUCUUUGAGGAGGCAGCUGGGAGGAUACAUGUAAAUAUGGGACAUCCUGAAGGAUGGCCAUCAGGAGGCCAGAGCAGUAUAGGACCAAGGUUGACACGAUUUAGUGCCAAACCGGCAUAUGCUCCUAUACCUGACCUGACUGACCUAGUCAGGGAAUGCCUCAGGAUCCUCCAGGAUAAGUCGUAAAGUGUUGCUGGGGGAGGGAUGCCUGGGUUGACCUGCUCAGCCUGCAACACCUGGGACUGCAAAAUUGGGUUUGAAGGACUUACGUUUUAGGUGUAACCUAUAUUUCAGUAUCAGUAUUGGCUCAAAUUAAUUCAUAAAGAUCAGAUAUCUGCAAUAAUCUUAGAUCAUGCAUCCCUAUUGAGUAUGAUUAAUUUUUUACAUAAUUUUGGCAGCAAGCAUGCAAAUAACCUCAGAGACAUUAGACAUGUCAUGAAAGAGUAACACUACUGCAUUUUUGAAUCACGGUAGGGGCUCUGACUUAAAAUAUGUAAUGAAAGAGUGUGGAAAGACCCCUUUUUCCAGUGUUUGUGAUCUUGCACUGUUUCCAAAAAAUGUGUGUAAUAUUUUCCAUUCUUGAUUCAAGCACAGGUUUCCAACUGUAUUCACUCUGUCUGCUGUCAUAAAAAAAAGAAAAAACAUGCAACCUAACCAGAGGACUUUAAAGAUACAUUACACUCUAUGAGCAUUAAAUGCACAGCAUUUUUGAAUGAUGACAGUAUAUUUUUCUCGUCUAAGGCACCACAAGCAUCAGGGAAAUGUCUACUGUUACAUGUUUUGUAGAUUCAACUCUGUUGUUGACACCAGUUUGAAGCCAUUAUUGACUUUAAAACCGAAGCUCCUGCAGCCGCAUUUUCAGUCACUGGGUGGGAAAGAGAAAAAUAAUAAUUUGGGAUGUACUGGAUGAAAUGUGUUACAUUUGAGGUACCACUGUUACUCUAACUUUGAAUGGAUGUUGGGAAAAGUGUUUUUGUCUGUCCUUAGAGCUGUGCAAUAACCCAUGCCUGUAAUGGAUUCUAACUGCCAU